ACUGGACUAAACUAUCCCCGGUCGUGAAAGUCGAUCGUUUACAGGUCGAGAAUAGUACAGACUGCCAUACAGGUGCAGCCCCGCCUUUUCCCUGAAUGCGAAGAAAGACCCAUAGUGAUUUUAAAGUUUUUAAGAUUUUUAAGGCAUUUUUAAAAACAACUUUGACGAAGUCCAAAACACAGAGAGCAGCACUUUUCUGGUCUCGAAAAACUCUUCGUCUCUCUAGACGGACUCUGCUACAAGAGGUUACCUCAGCACAAUCAAUAAUUUACCUACAAUCUCUACCAACAGAAAAGCGAUUUCAAAUACCCUAAAACUUGAUUAUUCAAAUUUUAUUUUCGUUAACCUGCACACUCUUCGCUUCCGGCACUAUGCCGUUUGUUAUUUCACUGCUUCCUGGUUCCGGGCUGUGUCACGAACUUCUCGCCCCAGGUUACUGUUAUGCUCCGACAUAACGCGUACAAUACACCCAGUCUUUACAAUGGGCAUCUGACACACCAAAUAACUAGCUGUUGUAAAAACACACACAUUCAAAUUCUAUCCACUGAGCUUGCUGGUUUAUCGGUAAUGAUUGCACUGAAUUGGGGAGGUACCCGGUUCGAACCUCAGCCAAAUUAUCCGCUCUUCUGAUUUAGGGUUUUGGCGGAUUUUCUCAGUCUUCCACGUAAGCAGUGGGAUUGUACCAUGAAAUAAAUUACACCCAUGACCGGCUCCUUCUAAGACAUUAUCUAAUUACCAUUCAUAAUCUCCCCAUCAUUGCUACAUAAUCAAUGAAAAAGCCGUCAAUUUAUAUCCCCGAGCCUAGAUUUUUCUGAUUUACGUACAGGGAUCCUUUGCAGUGCCUUCCUAAGAUAAGAUUUAUUAAAAUUCUGUUUCCAACAUAAUUUGUGAGUCUAUUUGUCUGGUAAGAAGUUUAACAACACAAUAACUUUUAAACAGCAAAAUGUACUUUUACUGGUGAUAACUGUCAUUUAAUCUAAUAUUAAUCAUUUGGAAAUGGCUUAAAUCAGACCAAUGACAUUCAAUUACAUAAAAUCGUCUUUUGAUUAUGUGUGCACCGGCAAAGUUUCGUGUAAUUAUUAAAACUGACGUAGUUAUAAUCUGCAGUUUGAACUUUCUUUAAAAACAACAGAGCAGCGGGAUGAGAUGAGCGAAACUUGUACAUAUGCUAUUUUGAAUUAAAAUGUAAAAACAAAUCAUUCGAAGGAACGAUAUGCAGACGGGAGAAUAUUAAAAUCCUUGCAGUUUGCGGUGGUGACGGCCUUGAGAAUCCCGCCCAACGGCAAAACCGCAUGCAAAAGUGAAGUCCUUAUAAGAAAAUGGGGUUAGAGGAACUAAAAACACACGAAACACGCAUCUUAAUAUGUAUAAUUAAUGAUUAAUAAAUAUGAACAUAACCGUGUUGGUGUUUAGUGGCAUGACCUCGGCGUUCCUAGCUGAAAGUUGUCACGGUUAUAGAACAAAAGGGUCUCAAAUCAUUUCUAUAAAUUGCGAAAAGUACAGUCAAAGACCACUCGGUGUGGCACACCUAAUCUACGUAGCUUCUCAAACAGGCAGGUAGGUGCGUGCUGUUGUAUAUUAUUAACCGCGCCUGCGCAAGAGAGACCGCGAAAGAGCGAGAGGCCUAUGCCGUGAAGCGCAGAUAUUAUCACAGUAAUUUUCCUGCGAAUAAGCAAAAUAGCGAUGCACAAACCCACAAACAGGAAGCGUCUGCUGUUAUACUACAGCUGCACUGUUGUGCGAAUAAUUUUAGCGGCUGUUACUGUUAGCGCUGGGCGGUAACUGGUGCAGUUCCUGCCGGGAGCCGAUAAGGAACAGUUGCGUGUCUCGGGCCCCUUCUCGGCUCAUGGAGCGCUACGAAAAGUUGGGUAAGCUAGGCGAGGGGAGUUACGGCAUGGUGUUCAAAUGCAGAAACAGGGACACCGGUCAGAUCGUCGCCAUCAAGAAGUUCGUCGAGUCCGAGGACGAUCCACUCAUACGCAAGAUUGCCCUCAGAGAGAUUCGUCUUCUCAAGAACCUGAAGCAUCCCAACUUAGUAAAUCUUCUGGAGGUGUUUCGACGGAAGCGGAAGCUGCACCUGGUGUUCGAAUUCUGUGAUCAUACAGUGUUAGCAGAAUUGGAGAAGUUCCCACAAGGCUGCCCAGAGUUGCUAACUCGGCAAAUCACAUGGCAGACAUUGCAAGGUGUCGCAUAUUGCCACCAGCACAAUUGCAUCCAUCGAGACGUAAAGCCAGAGAACAUUCUGCUAACUGCACAGGGUGUCGUUAAGCUCUGUGACUUUGGUUUUGCACGAAUGUUGAGUCCCGGAGAGAAUUACACAGAUUAUGUGGCAACGCGGUGGUAUCGGGCUCCAGAACUCCUUGUGGGUGAUACCCAGUAUGGCCCCCCUGUUGAUGUGUGGGCCAUUGGCUGUGUGUUUGCUGAGUUGAUUCAAGGACAAGCACUGUGGCCAGGGAAAUCUGAUGUGGAUCAGUUGUACCUCAUCAGGAAAAGUCUCGGAGAUCUCAUCCCACGACACAUGAAUAUAUUCAAAUCCAAUGAGUUUUUCUAUGGUGUGUCACUGCCCCAACCUGAUGUCCAGGAACCUCUGGAGAGCAAACUACCCAGACAGUGUAACCCCCAUGUCAUGGAUUUCCUCAAGAAAUGUGUUGACAAGGAUCCAGCCAGAAGAUGGUCUUGUGAACAGCUCCUCAGACAUCCAUACUUUGAUAAUUUUCAUUUCAAAAUACCUGAAUCAGAAUUAGAAGAAUUCGAGAAGCUUCGACGGUUGCGAGACAGAUCAAGGAACUCCAGCUACAGCAAUGGCUCCAUGAUGCUGCCUCAGUUGCCAAGCAACGCUGCAAGUCCUGACUUCCGGACAUCAUUCAGCCAUCCAAGGGCAAAUCAGACUUUUGAUCAUCUUCCUACCAUAUAAUUAUUGACUGUCAGCUUUCUUUUUGAUAAUAUGCAAUACAGGUUGUAUGAAUUAAGUCCAAAAUUCUGCAGAAACUCUACAGAAAUGUACACUAAACCAUCCAAUUUUGGGCUGUGAGAGCAUGAAAGGGGGACCACAAGAUAUUAUAACAAUGUCCAUGACAUUUGGAAAUCUUGAGUGAAUAAAAAUGGAGCGACCCAAUUUCUAACUAAACACAUCUUUAAUUUUUCAAUAAAAAAUUACAUUUAAAUGUUUUAAUGUUGACAAAUGAAGGGACUGAGCAGACUGAGACUGAGUGUGAAAAAGAGCCUUGGAUUGAACGUGAAACUGGUCAACUGGAUGUCAGCUUUUAUAACUUGUCAUAUUCUUAAAAGAGGGUGCCUACUAACCAGCAGUUAAUAUCCAUAUAUUGACAUGAUUGCAAUAUAAAUUUAUUGCUUCUUGUAGUGAAAGGGCUGAACUGAUCUAUGGGACACAGCUAAGUUCUCUCCAUUAACCAAAAUACGGACACAGCUGACUCGGUCAUUCAAGAAGUAAAAUAUUAUGUAACAAUAGCCUUUGACUAACACCGUCACAAACGUGUAAGAUUUGAGGUUUUCACAGCGGUGACAGUGAAGAUUUCCGUCUUCUGGGUUAUUGCGCUGUGUAGUCUGGUCGAAGUUAACCAACGUUUCAGAGGUCAUACUGCCUCCGUCAUCAGGGCGAUCGCCCUCUGAAACGUUGGUUAACAUCGACCAGACUACACAGCGCAAUAACCCAGAAGACGGAAAUCUUCACUGUCACAAACCUUGGCAAGAACAUAUACUUCUGGAACAAUGUUAAAAAUAAAGAAAAUUAAAGGCAAUGAAUAUCUGUUUUUCCCAGUGUGUAACCAGGGGUAAGUUUGAAAGCUAUAAAUUGGAUCUAUCAUAUUUGCUAGCAACCGUAUACAGUUACAGUUCACAACAUCGAGGGUGGAAACAUAAUUCACAAAUUUCCAAGCUUAUGGAACUGAUGGUACUGUUUAAUAUGUACAUUAUGUAUAUAUAUAUAUCUAAUGUUUACUUGUACAUAAAUAUAUUAACCUCAAAACUGUCAAAAUAAGUCAGUGGUUUGUAACCUUUCCCAAGUAGUAUACUGGAAAAUUUCUUAUUUUUUCAAUGAAUCAAAAAUGUUUACAGACUGUCAUAUAUGGUAGUAACCUGUAUAACUACAUAUUAAUAUAUAACAGUCAGCAAAAUUUUGGAUGGGGUUAUGCAUGUUGCUUAUUUACAUGGCAAUUUAUAGGCAUAUAUCUGAUUCAGAAAGAAAAAGCUUUAUUGUUGUCAUCUGAAUAAAAUGCUACUUUUUAAACUUA